AUGUCGCACCGUAAAUUCGAGCACCCGAGGCACGGGUCCCUCGGCUUCCUACCCAGGAAGCGAUCUUCCCGCCACCGCGGAAAGGUGAAGUCCUUCCCGAGGGAUGACCCAAAGAAGCCCUGCCACCUCACUGCCUUCGUUGGCUACAAGGCUGGAAUGACACACAUUGUGCGUGAGGUCGAGAAGCCUGGCUCCAAGCUCCACAAGAAGGAAACUUGUGAGGCUGUGACUAUCAUUGAGACCCCUCCCCUUGUCAUUGUCGGACUUGUGGCAUAUGUGAAGACCCCCCGUGGCCUGCGGACCCUCAAUUCUGUCUGGGCCCAGCACCUUAGCGAAGAAGUGAGGAGAAGGUUCUACAAGAACUGGUGCAAGAGCAAGAAGAAGGCCUUCACCAAGUAUGCCCUCAAAUAUGACAGCGACGCAGGCAAGAAAGAAAUCCAGUUGCAGCUUGAGAAGAUGAAGAAGUAUGCUUCAGUUAUACGUGUUAUCGCCCACACUCAGAUUAAAAAGAUGAAGGGUUUGAAGCAGAAGAAGGCUCACCUUAUGGAGAUCCAGGUGAACGGUGGCACUAUAGCAGACAAGGUGGACUAUGGUUACAAAUUCUUUGAGAAGGAAGUCCCUGUUGAUGCUGUGUUCCAGAAGGAUGAGAUGAUUGACAUCAUUGGAGUCACCAAGGGUAAGGGGUAUGAGGGUGUGGUCACUCGUUGGGGCGUUACCCGGCUUCCCCGUAAGACCCACAGGGGUCUCCGCAAGGUAGCCUGUAUCGGUGCCUGGCAUCCUGCUAGGGUGUCGUACACAGUUGCCCGUGCUGGUCAGAAUGGAUACCAUCACCGUACUGAGAUGAACAAGAAGGUUUACAAGAUCGGCAAGGCUGGACAGGAAACCCAUGAUGCCUCAACUGAGUUUGACAGGACUGAGAAGGACAUCACUCCCAUGGGUGGAUUCCCCCACUAUGGUAUCGUCAAAGGCGACUACCUGAUGAUCAAGGGUUGCUGCGUCGGUCCCAAGAAGAGGGUGGUGACUCUCCGCCAAUCUCUGCUGAAGCAGACCUCUCGGCUGGCGCUGGAGGAUAUCAAGCUCAAGUUCAUCGACACCUCGUCCAAGUUUGGGCAUGGGCGCUUCCAGACCACAGACGAGAAGCAGAGGUUCUACGGCAAGCUCAAGGCCUGA